AUGGUCUUUCCGUCGUUCUUCUCGAGGCCGAACGCCAAAGCGGCAGCGGCCGGCGAUUUUACCAGCGUCCUUCGUCGCCUGCCUCUGCGAGUCGUUGAAGUACGCGGGGACGGUGAUGACGGCCUUGCCGACCUUCCUGCCCAGGUGCGCCUCGGCCGUUUCCUUCAUCUUCGACAGGAUGCAGGCGCCGAUUUGGCUGGGCGAGUACUGCUUGCCCUGGGCUUCGAUCCACGCAUCGCCGUUCGACGCGCGUACGAUCUUGUAGGGGAGGGUCUUCUGCUCCUUCUUGGUGACAUCGUCGUCGAAUCUACGUCCGAUGAACCGCUUGGUCGCAAACACGGUGUUCUCCGGGUUGGUGACGGCCUGGCGCUUGGCGACGACGCCCACAAGGCGCUGCCCGUCGUCGGUGAAGGCCACCACCGAGGGCGUGGUCCUCAUUCCCUCGGAGUUCUCGAUGACCUUAGGGUGCGAGCCCUCCAUCACCGCGACACAGCUGUUUGUCGUACCCAGGUCGAUACCGACGACGUCGCCCUGCACCUUUGA